CGUUGAAAAGCCCUAAGUUUUGAUGCUARAGGGAAAACGUUUAGCCUUCAAACGGACAUCUGUCGGGCCGUGAAUGGUCAGACCCAAACAAAGAUGAUCUAAUAAACAGGUGAAAAACUGGCGAUUUGUUUAUCAUUCUUCGAUAACAACCGCAAACUUAACCUUAUGAUAAAGCUAUAAAGAUUUUCAACAGUGUCUUUUUACGGGAACGGUAGAACUUCAGCUUGUUUUAGCGUCUGUUGAGUUUGACAAAGUUGGUGAGGAGUUCUUCAGCGUCGCGUCGAUAAUCUAUAAGCUUUAACGACUAAUAUUCAGGAUAAUAUAUUUAUAUGAUAUUUACAACCAGAAGAUUAAGGGCUGAUAUCCCAUURUUAAGCAGCUCUUAUGGCGCAUGUUAAAAUCUUUUUGUCAUGCAAUGAUAUUGACAAGAAAAUAGAUGUACCUAAAAAUUGGAGCUAUGAAGAAUUCAGGAACAAUGUUCAUGAAGCAUUUCCUCAGUUGCCAAGGGAUUUCAGUAUUUCAGAUAGUGAUUUUAUCGAACUAACAGAAGAUGGUUUUAAAGAAAUUAAACAGACAAGACUGGAGACUUGGUGUCUGGUGCGAGCUACUAACAAAGACACCUGUAUCCUUAAUAAACCACAUUAUGAACUGCUCCGUUAUGAUGUACAUCCUAAUGCUCUUACACAAAGUGGAAAUUAUCAUUUUAGCUCAAGUUAUCAGGCAUUCUGUGAGUUUGUGGAUAACAGCAUCCAAGCAACAGCAAAAAACCUUGAAAAGGACAUUCCAAGAAAAAUAGAACUCCAUAUUUUCUUAAAAGAGAAAGUCGCUGCCAUCUUUGACAAUGGCGAAGGAAUGACAUACGAAGGUUUGAAGGCUUUUGCAACAUACUUCUUGUCACAAGCAGACCGAGGACUAGAGAAGCCAGAGUUGGAUCAAAUACCAGCAUUUCUUGAUAGUUUUAUCUCCAAAUUUGGUGUUGGAGCAACGCAGGCUGGUUUCUAUCUUGGAGAUAGAAUAAAAGUCGUCACAAAAAGAGAUGAUUGUCCUUACGUAACAGAAAUAACUAUUUCCAAGGAAAAGCUCCAUCAACGUGCCAAUGAUGGUAAACCAGUGUUUGAAGACUACCGCUGCAUUAGAAACCCUGGUGAUAUGAGCACUGUUGAAACACCAGAAGAAGAAAAAUGCCUCAAAGACUUGAUCCAACAAGAAAUGGACCAUGAACAAUUUACAUGUGUAGUGAUCACGGGCUUGAAAGACACUCACAUUGAAUACAUAAAAAAAGACACAGCACAUCACUUGACGCGAAGUCUAGCACAUGUCUAUCACUUCUAUCUGUGGGGUAAACAAGGCUGUUCUGGGAAUAUGCGACUACCUUCUCCUUCUAGAUUAUCAAUUGAUCUUGGUAGCGCCAGCACGUUUCAAGAAGCUAACAUCCAAGUAUUUAUAGACGACGGUCGCAAUUCAAGCCAGCGGAAAUCCGUCCUAGACUUACGUGACGUCACCGAUGACGCAGAAAGUCUAUAUCAGACACUUGCAAAAGAGUGGUUCCCAUUCUCCCUCACUCUGAAGGUGCCUGGCCUAGCAAUGCCACAAACUGUUCAGGGCGUUCUUAUGUAUUAUCCUCACGAAGCAGGACAGGAAACUAUCCCGCGGGAAGCCGAUGAUGAGGAAGAUUCGGAACCGAUAUUUGAAUGUUUCUGGCAAGGACGACUUGCCCCUUUAUCAUAUGUACACAGACUCGAAUUUUGUUCUCCUCCUUCCCAAAGGACCAAAAAACAAAAAGAUAUUUUACCAGAUAUUUGUUACCGGCGGUUGAAAGGGAUACUGUUCUUCAACAGACACACGCCUAUUUCAAAUAACAAACUUAAGAUUUUACUAGACGAGCGCAAAGAUCUAUCAAGCGCCCUUGAAGAUGCUACAGCAGAAAGAAGAUUGCCGCAGGAAUUUCGUUCAUGGAUUGAGAAAUGUCACAAGGACCUUGAUAAAGAGGUCAGUUUCGAAGGCCUGUUACACAGCCAGCCCCGUGGGGGUACGGGUGAUGUGCUCUACAAGUCGAUCUGUGUGAUCACUAGUGAUGGAGAGCAGUGUUUUACUCAAGGAGACAUAGUCAGACUAGACACCAAGCCGAUCAUCUUUGGUCGCGUCUUGUAUUUCGUACAAGCAAGUAAGAAAAACGACUUUGAUAAAGUGGUGGUUGUCCGACAACCAGAUGAGGUUUACCAGAAUCAACAAGAGGACAAACCGCUGUCCAGAAUAAUCGACAUCCCUGAUGACAAAACACUCAGAAAAUUCUUCAAUGCAGAAAAACAGAUGCUGCCUAAAACAGUUCGAAUAUUCAAUAAUGUACAAAGUGAGGAACAAAGCAGCAAGAUCACGUGGCUGGCUGGUGAGACUCGUAAAGACAACUCCUCAGGUUUCUGGAUCAAAGUAUUCAACGGUGAACGUCCACCCAAGUCGAUAGUAACCGUGCACAACAAGAAGAUAGGAGUGAAACAGAUCGUAGAGGGACCAGAGAAAGUCGCGCCCAUUCAGAAUGACGUACCCAUUGAUGGCGAAAGGUWUGGCUUUAAACCAUUCUGGCUUGGCAAGGCUGGUAACUAUGAGCUGAAGUACGUGGCUGUUCUUGGUGAUCGGGAGAUUUGCUCAGCAGGAGUUAAAAUUGAAGUUAAAGCCAACGUUGCCACAUUUGUAAGACUAGACGAACCCUCAGACAGAGAAACCCCAACACUAACCUUGGGUGACCCAUCACUAAAAUUUAAGCUCCACUUCCAAGACCAGUGGGCCAACCCUACCACGCAAUUUCGUAGCGGCGACAGCGUUCAACUAGAAGUAACGUCAACCUACCUCGAGAUACGUGGUAUUAAAGACAGCUAUCAGGCAAACCGAAACGGCGAUCUGGAGGUCAGCGAUCUUACUCUUCAUCCUAAAGGCAAUGCCAGGAGUUAUUUUAGUCGAGAACAUUCUAUCCGUGUGAAUGCUGUUGAUGUUGGUUACGUCAUCUUCCCUAUUCGACUUCAGGCAGGUCAACCACAUUCGCUCAAGAUCCCCACAUUCGAUACCAAUGAGGUCCAAAACUAUGAUGAGUUUCCAGAAUUCACUGUGCAGGUGAUGGACAGUUGGGGCCAGCCGUGUGCUUCUACUGACAGGAAGAAUAAGCUGCAUGUUGAAUGUGACGCAUUUGCAGGGGGUCCCUAUUUAAGUAGCGUCGAACAGGGCCAGGCUUCCUUUGGACCAAUCAAAAUCAAGGUUGCUUCAGGUCAAUCUCCUUGCACGAAAAAAGUCAAAAUUACCCUGGUCACUGUCGAUUUUGGCAGAAAAAAACAAGUCAUCUCCGAAACUAUCGAGGAACUCGGCCACUUUACCAUCAAAGUGCUCCCCAGUGGACUCCCCCACCGUAUUGAAAUCUGUCAUAGGUUAGCUGAAACAAACGGUGACGUCACGAAUGGUAAUACCAGGUCACGUGACUCUAGGAGGGACUGUCUAGAGUUGUCAGCGCCGGCGGGAUCUUUGUUGAAAGGGCUUUAUUUGAAAGCAUAUGAUGAAAGUGGGCGGUGUUUGAGUGACAGUGAUCUAAGGAAAGCCAAUCCUGCCAUUACGACCAGUUGGAAUGGGGAGGUCUCAUGUAAGAAUCUCCCGGUCUUACCAGAUUGCGGCGUCGCUCAGCUCGUACGUAACACGUUCGUCGGUAAUAUCACGUGUACUUGUAAGGAUGUCAUGUGUCAGACACAAAUCCGAAUACGACCUGAAGAAGGCGAGCCUCAGAAGUGGUUUUUCAACUCUAACUCCAACACACUCGACAUUGAGUGCGAUGCUAAAAAACAGUUUGCCAAUAAACUAACUAUUCAAGUGCAGGAUAAUUUUGGUAACCCUGUGGAAUGUCCCCCUGAGAUCGUACCACUCAUAACACUAGAACACUCAUCAAAAGAAAAAAAAGAUUCCAUUCACUACAAUGGAGACAUGAUAUACAACGUCGCUAACAAAGAGUUUGUGUUCUCGAACGAUGCUAACAUAUCAGGCAGCCCAGGAAUCCUUACCAUGACAGUCAGUGACAAGGACUGUAAACUAUCUAAGGACACAAAGAGAAUAAAUCUUACCCCAGGUCCACCCCACCACAUUGAACUCUGGAGUCAAUCCUUUGAUUGCAGCGAACAAAGCCAAAAUCACACUUUAAAAGCAUUCCAUGACUGUUGUCUUACGCAUCCUAUCCAAGCAUGCAUCUGUGAUCGGUCGGGUAACAGAACACCACUCAAAACCAAGCUCAACUUAACCUGGAAGCCAGCAUCUGCGGGCGCGAAUAUCAGCAAGAAGACUCGAGAUAAGGGCGAUACCAGCUUUACGGCUUAUGAUGUUAGAUGUACCGCUAAACCAAAUCAAACUGUUAAGAUACGCGUAACGAGUUCAGAACACCGAACAUUGCAGGCGGCAGACGUGAGUGUAACAGUAGUACCCAGUAAUCGAGUAACAGCGAUACUUAUCAAUAGUGACUGUACGAGUAUUACAACUAAGUCUAACUUCCCAACGUUAAAGGUAGAGUGUCAGACUGAAGAUGGCGUACGAGUAGAUGCUGUAGGUCACCUGACCCUCCAUCUCAACGCUCCUGACGGGACGCUUAUCCCCGGAUCAUCUGUCUAUCGAAAACCCACCCAAAACAGAGAAGGCGUAGUGACCUACAUCCCUCAGACUAGUAAACACCUGGAACAUUCUGGAUCCUGGUCUGUAAGCUGUCAGUUUACAGAAUACAGAGAUCGACUAAAGUCUAUCUUGUUAGCCGAAAAACACGUGACCAGUAGUGAGGAGGCUUUCAAGUUUACUGUUUUACCAGGCCCAGCUCAGACAUUAUCCGUCAAGUUUGCCUCGGAGAACGCGGGGUUACUUUCUGCUUCAAGUACAGCAGACGUUAAAGGUCGGACUAUAUUACCACGAGCAGGAAAAAGUGAAACAGUAGAAAUAUUAGCGCUGGAUCACUAUGGCAACAUGGCUAAUGUCUCCACCAUCGUUGACGUUACUAUCUGUAUUCUGCCUGGACAUCACCCAGAGGAUCAGGAGAUUAUUCUACCCGAGCUGGAAAACCAUCCUGUCAAGAUAUCCUUAGACCAGGGUAAAGCCCGGGUACCCCGGUUAACCCUUAAGUCACGUGUUGGGAACUAUAUCGGGGAGUACCUGUUGGUAUUCUCAACCAGUGGAAUAGAGGACUGUCAGUUAAAGUUUUACUUUAGUACAGACGAACACAUUCAACGAAUACAAACCGAACUUGCCCCACUAAAGAAGAAAAUCCACGAUUAUGAAGUCGAGGUUAACGAAGCAAAGAAAAGACUAACGAAGAGCAAGGUGGAAAUGAACAGCAAGCUGACAGCUGUUAAGAGCAUGUUCCGGGGGGAGCCGCGUUCAUGCGAAGUAAAAGCACUCUUACUGGAAAAGAAGAAAACGCUUGCUGAUGUUACGAAUGAUGAGGGAGGUGUUCGACCAGCACGUGUUCAGGCUGGCUUCCCCCCGAGCAGAAUCAGACAGUAUAUUAAAGGUGUGGUAGCUGAGUUAGCGUACGUAUCGGAUCCAGACCUUUCUCGGCUGUUGUCGUGGUACCUUCAGCCCAAGAUGGGUGUAUGUUUAACUACGACUAUCGACAAACAACGCAAAGUCUACGACCUGGGAUUCCCAGCCUACUGUGAAUCAACCCUGCUUCCAUUCUCCAAACGGGAUUUUGAUGGUCAGGACGGGAAACCACUUCCUUUAGAGUUUCCUCAGCCGCCCCCGAAUUUUAGAAGCUCGAUCCAGUUUGCUAUUAACCUGUUGGAGUUUUCGGCCGAGAAUGGAUAUUUAAGAAGUACAUUCUAUUGGUCUCUUUUGUCCAAAACCAUGGUGAUUGAAGAUCUUCAUUCUGCGCAGAUUUAUCGCCAGCACUUGGUUCAGAUGCGCUGCGCUUGUCCUACUAUUCUUACGCGUGAUGGCAAUAUGAUCGCCAGUGAUGGGCUUAUGGAUCCCAAACGAAAGUGUCCCAGGAGUCUAGGCGAGCUGAAGUUCUCGUUCGGCGCGCUGCCACCAACAGAACGAGCUGUAAACAAACAACUCUCAGAAACAGUCAAUCAACUGGAAGAACUCAAUAAGACUGUGUUAGAAUGCGAAAAAACAUUGGACCUUGUCAAAAUGAAGGAAGAUCAUCUAAGACAACAAAGAUCAUCAUUAUCACCACAAAUAACGACUCUUGAAAGAGAACUGCGCAAACUCAGGCCGUCUCCUCCGCUAAGUGACUCACUGCAGUCUCCUGAUAAGCGUAAGCGUAGAUAACAAAUGGUUUGGAAGACUUUGUGGACAUGCAUCGAGUCAUGCAGCUUUCUCCAGCUAUUGCUAAGCUGUGUGCAUGCUUUCAGUAGGGCAAGAAGGCAUGACAUAACAACCCUAAGAUUGGCUCCAUGGAGAGAAGGAUGCCACUUCCCCCCUUAUCUCCCCACUCGCCUAGAUCCACCAAUGGAAAAUUAGAGCUGUCUUUUUAUCAUAUGCGAAAACGAUAGCUAUAGAUUACGUUUCGGGUUAAACCGUCAAAAAAAAUCAAUAAGUUUGUAUAUCAUACUAGUACGUUUUCAAUUUUGAGGGGAAAAAAACGUUUCAAUUUUGAAAAAAACCCCACUUUUUUAAAAGUUUCACCUUUUUGGAAUUCCAAAUAAUGCGCGUUCAUAACGACCUUAAUGUUGUUUAGCUUUCUGAUUGGUUGCGCAAACAAUCAAUGACGUAGAAUAUUUUUAACGUUGAAUAUUUAUUAGAUUUUUUUACGUUCGUGUUUAUUAUCGACGUGGUAUUUUUCCGUCUUCAUAAAUUUGUGAGACCAAUUCAACUUUCAAGAAAGUUUUCCUCACAUCAUCGCCUUCGAAAAGAAGAAAAAAUAAUUCGGCAUUUUUCUGUGACGGAAGUUUCUCUAAGUUUUUAUCACUAAAAUUCAUACGCUUUUUGUUUUUUAAAAAAGUUAGAGAAAAAAUCAUUUAUUUUCAGUUUGAAAUCCUAAUUGAUUUUAAAGACAAGCUCUUUUAGAGAAUUAAAAAAAGUGACAUUCUAGUCAAGUUCAAAAAUUUUAAGGCCGAAUACAAACGUCGAACUUUACAUGAGCCGAACCUAAUGACAUAUAAGAACACCACAUCAUUAUUUAUUGUUUUCAAUGCGUACGGCUCGUGUAAAGUUCGACGUCUGUCCAGAGCCUAACAGGUUGUCAAAAAUGUUGCAGUCGCUCUUUAUCAUACUUGACCAACGAGACUUUGGGUUCGAGCUUUUUUUUGAAUUCUUAUCUUUAAAUUGUACGUACCCUUUUUAUAGCCUGCGUGACAUCCGGAAUUUUGUUCGAAAUUCCGGAUGUGACGCAGGCUAGCUUUUUACAGCAGGCCAACAAACCUUCAACGUGUUUGAAAUAGGGCUCGCUUGAAAUGCGGGUGAGAACGGCUGUAAUAUUGAAAUUAUCCAAAGAGAAUAUUCAUUGACGCAUUAACAAAAUCAAUGAAAUCAUACUUUACUUACA